ACAUAAGAUUAACUGCAAAUGGCAGACAUGCGUGACAAAAAUUCUGCCUCUGCUACUGUUAAAGAGAAAAAAUCACUUCUAGAUGAGGAGAUUGGAAAGGACUUCCUCAGCUCCUGGAAAUCAAUGUCAGUGACAGAAGAUGAUGCCAUGGAUUUUGGCUUUGACACAGUUUCAAAUGGAAAGAAAAAAUUUGACUUUGACAAACUGGAUAUGGAUUUUAAUUUAGAUGGUGAUUUUGACAAGUUAUCAUCAUUUAAAGUGGACAUGCCAGAUCUUGAUUUUUCAUGCCCAUCAACAAAGAAUGCAAAAGCCAAGGAAAGAGCUGAAGAUGACUGUUCCUCUGGAAAUCAUCAAGGAAAAAGAGACUUCUUCAACUUCUCUUUUGAUUUCAAUGAUGAGGACUUUGCAAAGGAUACAAAAACUGGGAGAAAAUUUGUAGGUAAUUCAAAGUCACCUUUCAGAGAACUACCAGAUGACGAACCUAUUUUGCUGAGGAAUGAAAAGAAUAUCAACAACCUUUGUUCUACCGGGGAGGAGUUCAAUGGUGGGAAAAAUGAGAGCAAACUGGAUGGUGAUUUAAGGCGUCAAGAUGAGCAAGUGACAGAACAGGAACCUGAUACUCUAGGAAGUCAAAAUAAUAUUGGGGAGGAUCUUCCUGCCAGUGAUGUCCAAAUUGGGAGCGAAUUCGUGGGUAAUUCAAAGUCAAUUACCAAAGAGUCAACAGAGGGUGAACAUGGUUUGCUUAGAAAUGAUAACAACAUGAAGAAUCUCAAUGAUGUCAGGGAGGAUGUUGAGUCUGAUAGUGUACAGAAUGAGAGCAAAAUGGUUGGAGAUGUAAGCCCAAAAGAUAAACAAGUAGCAGAAGGGGAACCUUUUAAGCUGAGAAGUGAAACAAGCACUAGAGAGGGCUUCAAUACUAAUGAUGAUGUGCAAAUUAAUGACAAAUUGGUUAUUUCAAAGUCACACUCCAAAGAAUUAACAAAAGAGGAACCUGUUUCUCUGGGAAGUGAAAAGAAUGUUAAAUGUCUUAGUAAUAUCAGAGAGGUUAUCAAUCCUGAUGGUGUACAAAGUGAGAGCAAAGUAGUUAAUUCAAUACUACAGGAAAAAGAAGCAGCAAUAGGAGAACCAGUUACGCUGAGAAUUAAAAAGAGUUUAGGAGAGGCUAUCAAUGCUGAUGGUGGACAAAAUUGUGGCAAAGUUGGUAAUUCAAGGCCGCAGUACACAGAAGUAAAAACAGGAGAAUCGGCUAAGCUAAGAAGUGAAAAGAACUCAGGGGAGGUUACCAAUGAUGAUGGAGUACAAUACUUUAGCAAAAUUGUUAAUAUAAAACCACAAGAUAAACAAGCAAAAACAGGAGAACCAGUUAAGCUAAAAAGUGAAAAAAAGUCAGGUUUUCAUCUAAAUCCGGCUGGUUUAAAUCAAAGUCAACUUAAGCUAAGUAUCCAGGCGAGUGGAAAUUCAAAAUUUGCUGUUUCAAGCACGCGCUCUAUCCAGAACCUGAAGAAUGUUUCUGUUGAAGGGCUUAAAACUGUAAAGAGGACAUCCAAUCUUUCUGCCUUGAAAGAUUUGAGGACUAUAGGAGGAAACAAAGAUAUGCCAAAUUCUACAGUUUUGAGGCAAAGUAGUUCAUUUAGAAACCCGGGACAGACGGUAAAACUUCCAGGAAUUACACCAUCCACUAUAGCUCAUCUUGUUGGUGGCAUUAAGAAACAAAAUCCUGUAACACCAUCCUUGAAGCGGAAAAAGAUUGAGGAAUCAAAUGCAGAUUUAGUGUCCUUGAAGUCCCUUAAACGUCUCUCUGAAUCACCAAAGGAAAGCAGGAAGUUGAAAGAAACUCUGGGAGGAGUUACUGAAGGAGAGGUCUGGAAGCAUGAGAGUCAAGGACCAAAUGAGGCCAAGAAUGUUCUCCAUGGACAUACACGCCCUAGACUUGAAGUUGCUAGGGAUUUCAGGAUGACUGAACUAGAAAUUUCAUUGGUCAUGGAAGAUGAUGGAAAUGUGGAAAAGGCAGAAGCUUACUCAAAAGAGCUUGAGGAUAUAUGCAACAUGCUGAAGAAGAAACAUGAGGAAGCCAAAGAAAUAUUGGUGCGAACUAUUGUGAACAACAAUAAUCUACUCAUGCUGAAUCAUCCAAUCUAUGAAGAGAAGAUAUCCUUCCAAUUUUCUUUGUUGAUUAUAUUUUUUCCUUUGGAAUUUAUUUUUGGAAUGAAGAUGUUGCACCUUCACAAUUGAAAACAUUCGCAUGGUUCAGAAGUUUGCCACAGAAUUAAUGUGCAAGGAAAUCCCAACAUGAUGAUUGGGGACAAUAGUUCUACAAUGGUGCCUCUCUCUUUCUCUCUCAGAGAUUCAUUUCAAGUCAGUUGAUAAUUUCUCAUGCCAUGCAAAUUUUAGGGAUAGAAUAUAUGUUUGCUUUGCUGCUGCAAUUUCUAUCAUAGGAAUAUUUCUUUGAGAGCUACUGUUUUAUAGGUUUUACUUCAAUAUUUUAGUUUUCUUCUUUUACAUAUUAUUCAACUCAUGCCCCGCUGGUCAAGUCCUUACAAGGCUGGUGCUUGAGCCUUAUUACUUGUGUUUAAAAUCUUCCAGGAUUAAAUAACCAAUGAAGGGACAAGUUGGAAAAUUUCACUCGGUAUAUAAAUACAGGUCAAACAUCCCCAUCAAUUCACUAUGAUUUAUUAUGUUUUAAAGUAAUGGCAUUAUGGUGAUACUAACCCCACAUUUAUCUCAGCUUUCAAGCAGUUUCUAAAUUCAACAUAACAUUAGGAACGCAAUAAGGACUGUGUUGGUUCAGCUUAGCCUUAACAUAAGAGUAGUUGACCGUUCUUCGUUGUGAGCCAAGAAAUGGAUUAAUUCAGGCAUGAGGAAGAGGAAGUUUCAAGUGCCCCCACGAAUACGAGUUGAGUUUGCACUUUGAGUUGGUCCAAGGCAGCACCUAGUUUGGCUUUUCCAUAGCAAUAUCGAAAUGGUGUAAUCUUUCUUGCCCUUUUUUUAUGGCAUGCCUCUAAUGAAAUGACUGUAAAGUUGAUGUUGGAUAUCAUAAUUCUAAAUAAACAGUAGGCCAUAUGUCAAUUCUCAAGUUGGGAUCUGGAGUGAUGAUUUCCAAACAAUUCAACCUUAGGUU